AUGUCCGAUUUUCCAACCGACCCGUAUUUGUCUGCUCAACAAAAGUGGCUUUAUCAAGACCAUUUGGUGUUGCCAACUUUGACAAACGUACUAGGACCAAAUCUCAAUGGCAAGACGAUUCUUGAUAUCGGAUGUGGAAAUGGUAGCGUUUGUUCUUCUUUGGUAACUUUUGGGGCAAUUCGGUUUUCACUACGAAUUUUUUCACUACCAAAAUUAUUACCUACCGCAUGAUUUUUCACAACUGAGUUAAUUAUAAAAUGUUGUUUCUGGCACGAUUUUGGGAUUUUUAAAUUUAAUCACAUUUUUAACAAGUUUAAGCAUCUUUUUCUUUGAAAUAACAAUGAUUUUCAAGCCAAAUUAAGACUUAAUUUAUCAAAAAAAUUAUUUUAUAAUAAUCCCAUUUUUUUCAAGAUGCAAAAACUUUAUUUUAGCACGAUUUUCGUUAAGUUUAAGCACAUUUUUGAAAAUAUAGAAAAUCCCAAAAAUAUUCAAAUAAAAAUAAUGCUCAAUAAAUGCAUUUUAAUAAAAAUCUGAAGCCACUAACCAAUCUUGAUCUCCUUGCUUUGGUAGACACAUUAAAAAUCAAGAAUUUCCGGGGAAUCUUUAUGAGAGACACUUUACCAGCACAAGGAAUUGAAGAAAGAGAAGUAGGAAUUGUGAAUUUAGACUCUGCUAAUAAUAAAGGAACUCAUUGGGUCUGCUAUUCAAAAAUAAAAAAUAAAAUAUAUUAUUUCGAUUCUUUCGGAUUAGAUCCACCAUUAGAACUUCAAGAGUAUUAUAUAAUACUAUUAUAAUACGCGUUUCUUUAUGGAUAACGUUUUGGUUGUGAAAAAAUUCGUAGUGAAAACCUAGAUAAUUGCCAACUUUUGAUCAUUUCUUAUAGGCAUGAAUAGUGUAAACUUCAUUAAAUGGGGAGCCCAAAAGGUUGUUGGCUUUGAUUAUUCACUGGAGAUGGUCAAGAGUUGUCAAGAAUCGAACCGUCACCUCCCAAAUUUCGAGUUCCAUCACGCAGACGUCACCAACUUCUCGUUUAACGAUCGGUUUGACAUCGCGACGGCCAUCUUUGUCCUCCAAUACGUUCAUGACAAAAGUCAUCUCAAGAAUGGAAUCUUGAGAAUUUACGAGCAUUUAAAGAACGGAGGAGUGUUUGUGGGCCUACUUCCGAAUGGAGUUCCAGGAGUUCGUGCUCCAGAAGAUUCUGGUCCGAAGUUGGGAGCUGCGAUCGCGAAACGUGGAGAACCGUAUGUGGACGGAGAAUUGGUCACUGCCAACUUCUACGAGGGAGAUGGUAGAUUUAAGUUUAAUAAUAAAACUAAAAUUGAGACAAUUCAGAAGUGAGAUGCACCUCGACCAUGGCAUUACACUCAAAUGAGUUUUAUGAAAACUGCUUCAAAGAAGUUGGAUUCCAGAAGGUCAGUGAGACAUAAAAUGUUCUUGAACUGGCUAGGUCCUAUUGUUCCGAUUUCAGAUCGAAUGGUUCUCUCCAACGAUCAGCGAAAGAGGUCGUCAGAUCCUCGGAAGUUCGUUCUGUGUCCAAUUCUUGAAUCCGCCAGUGGACAUCGUCUUCAGAUGCUUCAAAUAA